AUGUGUAAACGGAUAUCAGCAUUAUUGCCAGCUGCCAUCGCUUGGGCGCUCAUCAUUGGAUGCUCCGUCUCAUUUUUCUGGUUCAUCGCACCGCAGAUUUGGAAUCAAUGGCACACACCGGGGCUGAUACUUAUAGCAAUCGACGUGGUGCUCUUCCUGAUGGUUUCCUCGAAUCUUUUGAUGGCAAUGCUUCUCGAUCCGGCUGUUCAUCCAUAUGCGAUCGGAUCCGAAGAACCGACACAAGUGGAUGAUCUACGUGCUCCUCUCUACAAAAAUGUGGAUAUCAAUGGAAUUACAGUACGAAUGAAGUGGUGUGUCACGUGCAAAUUCUAUCGUCCACCCAGAUCAAGUCAUUGUAGUGUUUGUAAUAGAUGUAUUGAAACAUUUGAUCAUCAUUGCCCGUGGGUGCAUAAUUGUGUUGGAAAACGGAAUUAUAGGUACUUUUUCUUCUUCCUAUGCAGUUUGAGCAUUCACAUGAUGUACGUCUUCUUCCUAUGCUUUGCAUAUGUUUGGUCAGGAUCAUUUGAUUUAAGAGACACAAACGCCCGUGAUCACAUUCUAUCACCUCCAUAUCUCUGUGCAAUUGUACUUCUGGCUCUUUGUGCAGUUCUUUGUGUUCCGGUCAUUGGGCUGACCGUAUUCCAUUUGGUGCUCGUGGCUCGAGGACGAACUACAAAUGAGCAAGUUACUGGAAAAUUCACGUCUGGAUAUAAUCCAUUUACAAUUGGAUGCUGGGGAAAUUGCAAGAAAACUCUGUGUCAUAGUCAACUGCCGACUUUCAAAUCCCAUGUGAUGGAAUUCCGAAAGCAACGAAAAGAAGAGCAAGCUCGUCUUGCGAACCGUAUAAAUGGCCCAGUUGAAGAGCAAAAUGCGCAUGCAGAUGAUGAACGUGACGAGACAUCUGUACUAUAUGUUCCCGAUCAGAAACGAGCCGACGGAAAAAUGGUCGCAGUCGUGGAAUUCAAUAAGAACAACUCUGUGUUACGUCAGCAGAACACGACGACAACGACGUCACGGUCUGAAAGUCAAAAUCGGAUAACUGAAAGUCAAAGUCAAUCGAUGUCGAUGAGUUCGGGGUGUGAUGAGUCGAGGAUUACUGUAGGAGGAGGAGGCGGAGGAGCUGAAGCCGAUGGUUCUACGUGUAAUUUAUUUGAAAUGGAGAGAGGAGGAGGAACACCACGGCCGAACUCAUCACUUCGAAGUGCUCGAGUUCACGAUGAGACUGUUGAUACUCCAUCGGCAACUCAUCAAUCGUAUGAAGAAGCUCUAGAAGAAGCAUUACACGGCCCAGCGUCACCGGUCACAACUGAAGAUUCGAUAAAUUCGAAAUCCGGGAGACGGACACCUUCCAGGACGGCGACGUCUCCAACUUCUGGCAGUGCUAUCUUACAGCACCUUCCGCCGAGACCACCACCGCGUCAUCAGUGA